GUGAAAGUUCGAAAGUCUGCUGCAGAUUGAAUGUUAAACAUCGAUACCAUGAGGAGGAGCCACUGUAAUCUCCAUGACAUUGUUGAUAAUUUACGAUUUGGAUCAGAGAAAUAUUUCCAGUUAUAUAUUGAAAAGAAAGGGAAUAUAAAUCUAAGUGAUGGAUUUGGAAGAACUCUCAUGAUGUGGAGUGUUUUAGAUGGAAAAACCAAUCGUGUUCAGGCAUUGAUUGAUGCAGGGUGUUUGUUAAAUUUGGGAGAUAAACAUAAUGAUACAGCUUUAAUGCAUGCUGUCCAGUCAGCCAACAAAGAAAUUGCACAAAUACUUGUUUUGCAUGGUGCCAGUGUGAACUGUAGUAAUGAAGACAAUUGCACUCCACUUAUGAUAGCAGUGCAGCAGGAUGACUUGGAAUUAGUGCAAUUUCUUCUGUUACAUGGUGCAAACAGCAAUCAUAUAUGUGGCCAUAGGUAUCUCCAUAACAUUAGGUCUUCUUUAACUCAUGCCAUAGAGGGUGACCAAAGAGAUAUUAUUUAUGCCAUUCUCAAAGCCAGACAGACAAUUAUCAGUUUACACUUGAGUGUUUGUAUCGAAAGUCACAAUAUAAGAACAGUGGAAUUCUUGCUUGCCCAUGGAGCCAAUGUCUUUUACAGUGGAAUUGAAGGAUCAUAUGGUGAAAGAAUAUUAAAUGAAUAUUUGAAUGGGCACUUGCAGUCAGUUAAAUGUCUAGUAAGAAUAUUCAAGGAAAAUGGAUUUUGUACAUCAGUUUCCAAGAAAAACGACAUUUUGAAUUGUGUCUUUCAUGCAAGAAACCACUUCAAUCAUUCAGAAGAGAAGGAAAAGAAAAUACAAACUAUCCUGAGUUAUUUACUGUCUUUAGGAAUGAUACCAGAAGCAACAACAGCAUCAAAGCUUAGUUUGGAUGAUUCAAAAUCUACAUGUAACAGGACUUUCCCUGUUCCAAGUCUUCAGAAACUCAGUAGAACAACUAUCAGAGAGGCCCUGUGCUUUGGUAUCUCAUUGAAAACAGAUAAAUUGCCAAUCCCUUUCCAGCUGAAAAACUUCAUUUUGCUGAAUGAAGAGUGUUUUCAAGGAUGAAAUUUACAUGAUUCAAGAUUUUUUGCCAUUCGCAUGUAAAAGUUGUCAGCAAGUGUUUUGUUUAGAUCACAAGUUUCCAGAUGACCAUGACUGCAAGGAGUUUAGUGCAGAGACCCCUUAUGUGGAGUACAGCGGAACCAAAGCAUACACCUGCAGUAUCACAAAAUGCACAGCCAGAGAACUGAUGCCAGUAGUUUGUGAAAAAUGUUCCAAAAAUUUCUGCUUAAGACACAGGCACCAAAAUGAUCACAACUGUGAAAAUUUGGUGGAAAAGAUAACCCCAACUAAAACAGCAGAACACGUACAGCAGAUUCUGGCUUCCAAGAAAUUAAAUGAACACCCAAAGAAGACGAAAGGGAGAAAAUCCAGUAAAACUGCAGCGAAAGUGGCCCUAAUGAAGAUGAAGAUGAAUGCUGCUGGUGACAAGAAGAUACCAGAACCGGAUAGAGUGUAUUUCAGUGUAGUAUUACCUGGGGGCUCAAUCUCCAAGGGGCCAGCCAAACCCCUGUUCUUCUCCAAGACUUGGUCUGUUGGACGUGUGUUAGAUGCCGCCGCAGAUAAAGUGAGCAUCAGUAACACCAACAACACUGACAGUUCUCAGAAACUGCGGCUAUUUUCUGCAGACGAGGGAUCACUGUUACCAACUGAUCAAACAAUAGACUCACUUUUAUCAGAGGAGACCAUCUGUAAUGGCUGUACUGUGAUUUUAGAACGAGUACCAGAUGAUGUUAUUAAUAUCAACUUAGAUUUAUACUAUUAAAUACAUUCACUCAA